AACUUCUAUGACACAGAGAAGUAGAUUGAAUAUGUGAUAUACGCUCUACUUUAUCGACAGUAUGUUUAUCGUACAAAUUCUUAACCUCGGCGUAUUUUAUAAUAACUACAAACAUGUUCCACAGAUGAGUUGUGUUGUUUUCAUAUAGUCGCUAUUGAUGUGUUCUGUGUUGGCUUCACAACAGUUGGACAUCGUCACAGCUGAAAAUGUGAACUCGUUAGUUCCCAGUACGUAUGAUACCAAAGAGGGGACAGUGGUCACGCUUAUUUGUUAUUCAAAAGGUUACACAAUAAAAGGUCCUUCAAAGGUGACGUGUGUCAAUGGCAAAUGGCUUCCAGAAGUCCCAGUGUGUGUCAGUGAUUCUCAAACGACUGAUAUAACUACAGUAUCCAAUUCAUCAACAUACAUGGAAGACAACUCAAUAAUCUUAAUCACACUUGCGUUGGUAUUUGCAUUUGUAUGUGUCAGUUUAAUGGUGAUUGUAAUGUUCAAACUGUGCUCCCACAAAGUCAGAUCGUUAAAGACGUCACCAUUAUAUAUGUCUCCAACAGCUCUAAAGUAUCCAUCUUAUACAGGUCAGUAUCCACACUGGAUCAAUUCAAAAUGGUGGACAAACAACAGCUCGUGGACCUACAGGAGCACAGACAAAUUGAUUCGAGAUAUUGAAAGGUCAAGGAAACAGAACCCAAACCAUUCAUGGAGAGAUUUUGUGUCUCUCUCAAGUCAGCAACAAUUUUGAUCAGACUUUGAACUGUAAAAACAGAAUAACACUAUUUUGAACAGAUUCAUUUGGAGAAAAGUAGACUCGAUGUGAAAUUAAAUUAUUUUCGACUGUUUCUGUUGGAUCAAUAAAUUAGAAAAUAAAAUUCAGUGACCAUGUUCCCAA